CACGUAUGUGAUACAAAUAUCUGCGAACAUCUCCACCUUUCUUCUCCUGAAUCUCUUCUGCAUCUGAUCACAAUGUCGGUAGUUACGGCGGACUCACUCUUCAAUCUCCAUCUCCGCCACCAUCGCCGCCGCAAUACUGAUUUCAAACCCAUCGAAAAGUUGCAGCUUGUUUCCAAAAAUCCCAUUUCUUUCAACCGCAAUUGCACGCACACGCCCAACCGCCGCGCCAAUUUUCGCUCCCAUCGUCAUUACUGCCCUCCCAAAGCUCUCAGCUCCUCCGGAACCGCCGUCGUUGAGACGCCCGAAGCUACAGAUGUCACCUUUUCUGAAACUUUCGAGUUGAAGCGGCGUGAAAAGCUGGAAGGAAAGAUAACAAUCAGAUUAGAAAGUGGAAAAGAUGAAGAUCAUUGGAGCCUUACUGUGGGGUGUAGUUUACCCGGAAAAUGGGUUCUUCACUGGGGAGUCAAUUACAUUGGCGAUACUGGCAGCGAAUGGGAUCAACCUCAUGAGGAUAUGAGACCUCCAGGAUCCAUCCCUGUUAAGGGCUAUGCAAUUGAAACUCCUUUCGAAAGAUCACCUGCCUCAUCUCUAGGAGAUUCUUUUGUUGUAGUGAAGAUUGAUUUCAACACAAACAGUUCUAUUGCUGCCAUAAAUUUUGUGCUGAAGGAUGAGGAAACUGGGUGUUGGUAUCAGCAUAGAGGAAGAGAUUUUAAAGUUCCUCUUGUCGGUUCCCUUCAAGAUGAUGGCAAUGUUGUUGAAGCAAAGAGCUUGGGUGUGUGGCCAGGUGACUUGGGAAAAAUAUCCAACUUGCCUCAGGAAACUGAAUCUGCUGAUGCUCAAGUAGAUGACAUUAAAGAAUCUAGCUUGAAACAGAGGCCUCUUCAAGGUUUUUAUGUAGAGCAAUCUGUCUUUAAAGAAAUUUGUAUUGACAACUCAAUGAGUGUGUCAGUGAGUCACUGCACAGAGAAAGCUAAAAAUGUGGUGCGUAUAGAAACUGAUCUACCUGGAGAUGUAGUCGCACACUGGGGUGUUUGGAGAGAUGAAGGUAAGAAUUGGGAAGUGCCGGUAGAACCAUACCCUCCUGAAACAAUCACAUUCAAGAACAAGGCUUUGCAAACGCUGUUGCAGCAAAAAACAGACGGAACAGGUUCUUGGGGGUCAUUUACAUUGGGUGAUGAAUUCUCCGCAUUUGUUUUUGUGCUGAAGCUGGGCAGUAAUACAUGGUUGAAUUGCAAAGGAGAUGACUUUUACAUACCCUUCUCAAGUAAUGCAACCAAAGCUGAACUGUCUGGUUCUACUCAUUCUAGUGGUGAGGGACAACCUGUGGCUCUUGAUUCCCAAGCGACGUCUGAUGAUACAUUUGAUGACACAUCUGAGUCCAAAGAAGUAGUUUCUGCUUAUGCUGGUGGUAUCAUUAAUGAGAUAACUAAACUAAUGAAUGGUAUUUCCACGGAAAAGAGUAGGAAAACAAAAAGCAGACAAGCCCAAGAGACCAUUCUCCAAGAAAUUGAGAAGCUUGCUGCAGAAGCCUAUAGUAUCUUCCGAAGUUCUACACCUAUAUUUACAGAAGUUGAACUGGCUGAGGUGGAAGAUGAUUCACCACCCCCUAUAACAAUAUCUUCAGGGACUGGUUCUGGGUAUGAAAUCCUCUGCCAGGGAUUUAAUUGGGAUUCCCAUAAAUCAGGAAGAUGGUAUCUGGAGAUUCAGGAAAAAGCUUCAGAAUUAGCAUCACUUGGUUUUACUGUUAUAUGGUUACCUCCGCCUACUGAUUCUGUUUCACCUGAAGGCUACAUGCCAAGGGAUUUGUACAAUUUAAACUCCAGGUAUGGAGAUAUUGAUCAGUUGAAGAAUGUUGUGAAGAAACUGCAUGAAGUUGGAUUAAAGGUUCUCGGAGAUGUUGUCUUAAACCACCGAUGUGCGCAGUUCCGAAAUCAAAAUGGUGUCUGGAAUAUAUUUGGAGGUCGCUUGAAUUGGGAUGACCGUGCAGUUGUUUCUGAUGAUCCCCAUUUUCAGGGAAGGGGCAACAAAAGUAGUGGAGAUAACUUCCAUGCAGCUCCAAACAUUGACCACUCUCAAGAAUUUGUCAGAAAGGACAUUAAGGAAUGGCUAUGCUGGUUGCGAGAAGAAAUCGGUUAUGAUGGAUGGAGGCUUGAUUUUGCACGGGGAUUUUGGGGUGGCUAUUUCAAGGACUACUUAGAAGCAAGUGAGCCUUAUUUUGCCGUAGGGGAGUUCUGGGAUUCACUAAGUUAUAGUUAUGGUGAGAUGGAUCAUAAUCAAGAUGCACAUCGGCAGAGAAUAGUAGAUUGGAUUAACGACACAAGUGGAACUGCUGGUGCAUUUGAUGUCACAACCAAGGGAAUUCUUCAUUCCGCACUUGAAAGAUGUGAAUAUUGGCGAUUAUCUGAUGAGAAAGGAAAACCUCCUGGGGUGAUGGGAUGGUGGCCAUCUAGGGCUGUUACUUUUAUUGAGAAUCAUGAUACCGGUUCCACUCAGGGUCAUUGGAGAUUCCCAGGUGGUAAAGAAAUGCAAGGUUAUGCAUAUAUCCUAACACACCCCGGCACACCAUCUGUCUUCUAUGAUCAUAUUUUCUCAGAUUAUAAAUCUCAAAUCAAAGAACUCAUCUCUAUCCGGAAUCGCAAAAAGAUCCACUGUCGGAGCACAGUUAAAAUAGUAAAGUCAGAGAGAGAUGUUUAUGCAGCAGUAAUUGAUGAUAAGGUUGCAAUGAAGAUUGGACCUGGACACUAUGAACCCGAUAAAGGUGCAAAAAACUGGUCUUUGGCCACAGAGGGCAGAGAUUACAAGGUCUGGGAAGCAUCAUAAAUCCGGAGGCACUGCAAUACAAGUUUAUGGACAAAUAUAUCACUGACACUGCCAAAUAAGAAGAUUCUGACAUUGGUUGAUUGCUGCCUGUACUUCUCCAGAACACCGUCAUGGCCCUUGGAGUUGCUGCAUCAGUUUUCCCCCCUCAGGCCUUCGCUAACCGAUAAUUGACUAUUAAGUUAUACUAAUAAGUGCGCUUCCAGAUUGUGGAUGGCGGAAUGGAAUUCACGGCCUUAUGUGUACUGUAUGUAUACUUCAGCAGCCAUGUUCACGAAACGGCUACUGCGAUGAAUUAUAUGUAUUGGUAGAACAGGUAGAAAAUCCAAGUGGAUUCUCAUUUUGUAUGUGUUGAUUGUAUCAUUGUGACCAGAUACUGUUACACUGGUUAUUUAAUACUAAGAAAAUAAAUUUGUGUACGCUAUAAUUUAGCAAAGUA